AUGGUCAAAGUGACCAUGUUAAUCCAUGGGUCACUUCCUCUCCCACUACCAGCCAGGAUAUUAACAGACACAGACCUAGCGACUAUCACAGAAACCAUUUCAAAAGCCGUCUCAGACAAAAAGCAAUGUUGUAUAGUUCUAAGAGAUGUCUCCAAGGCAUUUGACAAGAUGGCAAGCCAGCAGCAUCACGGCCAGAUCAAGUGGUACAACUUUAAGCGCAGCUAUGUUUUCAUCAGUGACUACAAUACAAAAACAGAUGUUUUUGUACAUUUCUUCUGCCUAAAGCGGUCUUUACAAAAACGUCUCCUUCGUGAAGGUGAUAAGGUACACUUCACCGUCUACAAGGAAGACAAAGGACUGGAAGCCCGAGAUGUUGCGAGGACCGGCAACAACACCAAAGCAUGUGCUUCAAGCCCAAAACCACCUCUCAGGACAUGGGGAUAUGGAAGCUAA